AUGCCACAGCCUGAGCCGAUGGAUGUCGUUUUCCUCUGGGUCAAUGCUUCUGGAGAAUAUUUCCAGGAUACAAUGCAAGAAAGAUCGGCCGGAGAGUAUGUAGGCUCAAGAGGUCGUGGAAAGCGCUACAGGGACAAUGGCGAAGUGCGAGGUGCCAUCCGAUCAGCCAUCAAGUCUCUCGGCGACAGACUCGGCACCGUCCAUGUCCUCUCGGGUGAUUAUGAGAUCAACCAGACACUUCAUCCGGAUGUUGUGCCUGCCGGAGCGUCUGCCCCCAGCUGGCAUAUGGGUCAGAUCCCACAUUGGCUCAAUUGGAACUCUGCGAAAGAAGGCUUGCACAAGGUCGCCUGGCAUUUCCACUCCUCCAUUUGGCGACUGCCCGCCGAUAACAAGGCAGACGAGCCAUUGACACCAGAUCAAGCGGCUACAGAAGAGGCUUGGAGACAACACAGCUUGCCCAACUUCAACUCGUUCGCCAUUGAGUCCAGGAUAGGAUGGAUCAACGGACUGUCAGAGACCUUUCUCCUCGCCAAUGAUGACAUGUUUUUCCUCAACUCGCUGAAUCAUGCCGACUUUCAACACCCUUUGCUCGGAACCGUUCUGCGAAUGGACCCAGGUCCCGGUCUACGUGUUAAACCUGUAGUCACUCCCGAUCUCAAAUCGUCACCUGGCGAAUGGGGCGGCCUGCAACACGCUGCGAUGCUGAUCAAGAAUCGAUUCACCGACCAGAAGAGGAUGUACAUGGCUCACAUGCCCAAGGCUCUGACGUUGAGUCUGACCCACGAGGCGAGCGUCAUGUUCGGCGUGGAACUGUCUGAAGCUGCCACGCGAGGAUUCAGACAGAGUCAACGUGGUGUGGCCGAUGUGGAAAUGUCCUGGUUGGUCAGUCAUUUGAGGAUUGAGCGAUGGCGAGAGGGUCUGCUCUGGACUUGGGUCGUUGCUCGCUUAGGAGGUCAAGACGGCAUCUGGGGCAAGCAAGCCAAGGCUGAAAUGAGCGAACUCUUGGGCAUCAACUCGUCCGAAAUAGACGAAGUCAUCAUCGAAAAGGGACCCAGGGAGACGUUGGCAGACUUGGAGCAGAUCAACAAGAAUGCCGGAUGGGAUUCGACUGAAUUCACAAAAUACUAUUAUUCUUCAUUCGAUGGGACUGUCCCACAGAACCUACCCGAAAGACCUGAUCGACCUCGAACGCAGACUGAAUGCACGUUCAGAGUCGCUCAAUGUCUGCCACCAGACUUUUUCGAAUCUGAUGAACCUCUCGAUGCUGCCGAAAUGUUCAGACACUUUACAUUCUCCGAACCGAGUUGUGGAGACUGCCUCAUCAUGGCCUUGGUAUCUGCUUCUGGACCGCGAGGGCUCGAGGCGUUCUUCCCUGACCCGGAUGCGGUCUUUCAUCCACCUGCACAGCAGGAACCCGCCGCCUUCCAGCGAGAAGAGCCCAUGCUACCUCUCACACCUUCUUGGGUCGACACUGAUUUCCGCAUCGAAAGCAUUAUGAGAUCUGGCCAAGAUUCAUGGCCAGGUGUCAAACCAAGAAUGGACGGAAGUGUCAACAUGAGACAGUGGUGUAUCAAGCUAUUGUCGAGAUACGCCUACGUCUUCGCAUGGACUCAAACGCAAUUCUUCCAAAUCCACUCCACUAUCCAACUCCGUACCGCCGUCAACAAGCUUGACUCUUCACCCCGUAUGGCCAUGACCUGUAUCAACGAUGAUCAACCGGAUAUCGGUUCGGUCGGCGUUUCUGAUGUCUUUGGCCGCUGGAUGGAAUCGAGAUGGGGAGACGUGGAAGCAGGGUGGGAGGAAAAGAACGUCCCGUGGGCUGGAUCAGCGCCCAAAUAG